CUAAUCACUGGCUGCAUUUAAGCUUGUCCGAUCCAGGAAUCCAGCGUCAGAGUACUGAGGCGUGUUCCUGUGGUCCUUCCAUGUCUCCCGUUUCGCUUGCCGUUCCUGGGACACCGUCAAAGCUGUUCCACCCUCUCCCGCGACCAGCACCUGUCUUGUUCCGAUGGACCACCAUCACUCCUCGGAUAGCCUACCCCGCCUGAGCUUCUCCCAAAUAAAUCCUUUUCAUAUACUUCCUACACCCACACUUCUUUUAGGUCCAGUAGGAUAUUGUAUGAUUACCAAUCGUGACGGGGCCGCCACAAAUAAAUGUAUAUGUGGGAAACCCUGCUGCGAUUUUGUCACUUAAAAAUUAAAAUGGUGGCAGAUGUAUAUGUCCUCCCAUUUAACAAGUUUGAAUGUGAUUAAUGAUACCUGAGCUGAGCUACAUCCUGUUUUUAAGCGGGACUGCACCUUUGUGCAACAACAUUUUAUUUUAUUUUAACCUAUACUGAGCAAGACAUAAGACCAAUUUAGACUGAUCAUCACUUUCUUGCAAUGGUGACCUGGCCAAGAAGGCAGCAAGUUACCGUAAUUUGUCAAAAAUAAUGUGUCAUGUUUUCCAAAAUUAUUUUCAAAAAGUCAAAGUGCAUUAUAUUUAGGUAUGAAUGAAAAAUAAAAAAUACAAUCACAUUGUAUAGUCACAGGUACAUAGAGUGGUAGAAAAAAAAAAGGUAUCCAUAAAAAUUUCAACAUGAUAUUCGAUGUUGUAUGUUACACAUUUAUAUAUAUAUAUUACAGUUAUGUGGCCACCAACUUGAAUUUUAAACUAACCUCUGUGCGGUGGGUGUUUUUUUUUUGUUUGCAUUUUAUGAUCGUUAGCGUAGCAUAUUUGUUGCUACUGCACCAAAUAUAAAAAACGACUCCCCGUGAGUUUGUUAAAAUGUCGACUACAAGGGCUAAUUGUGCACCCACUUUUAAAAGAAAUGUCAUCACUCCGGCUGAUGACGCAACCAAACUGGAAGCAAACAACGUGUACUGAAACUACGUAGUAUGAUCGUAGGAUCAUUUAAAAAAUAGCGUACACAAUUGAAAUGGUCGCAUUUUUAAAAGUGCCCAUUACGCCCAUUUCUACGUAGUUUGACCUCGUUUUGAUAGCAACUUGACCUUCUGAAGAUUGUAGGCAAACGGGGGCAAGAGGCUGCAUUGUUAGCACGGUGGACCUUCCCCUCAAAGCGUUGACAAUAAUGAGGAAUAAAGGGAACCAAGACUCUUAGGAUUCAAAAAAUGUUUCCUCACAGACGCCAUGGAUGGCACGGAGGAUGACAUGCUGUGGCAGGAAGAUGGGAUCACUGUUCAUGAAUGCAGGCCUGUCCCAAGAUAUAUAUUACCACUGCAUCAGUCCAUGCACAAAUAUUAUUAUUAACGAUUGUUGUACUAACAUUUUUUUAAAAAACAAUAAAAGUACAAACCUAGCAAAAUAGAAAUACAGAUCAUUCCUCAUAUUUUGAGCAUAUGGAUUGCAGCCAAUUGGUGGUGGACAUUGUUCAUUGGUAGAAGGGUUUUCCUUAUUUUUUAGGUUAAAUUUGGGAGUGCGGAUUAUAUUUCAGGACACAUUACACUCGAGAAAUUACGGUAAAUCCCAAAUCAAUCACAUCCAAGAAUAUUUCUGUUUAUUUCACCUUGGCUCUCAGAACUAUACAACACUAAAUGGAGUUGUACAAAUUGUAGGUCACAUAAAGGGUGGAAAAAAGUUUGAAAAUAAUUUAUUUUGGUCUAAAUUAUUUUACAGGACAAAAACCUGGCAUGUAAAAAUGGAUGUGAAGACAGCAACCACAGCCUUAUUCCUGGUUUUGUCUUCUCCACCUGAAACCAAUAUGUCGACAUUGCCAACCAACAACAACCACGAGGAUGCCAACAACCGCAGCUUCUGGAUGCCCGGCAACUACCAGCGCACGGUGCGCCGCACAGAGGACGCCUUCCAGGCGUGCGGCGACCUGGCGACGUGCUUCCAGGAGCGGGCCCGUGUGGAACGUCAGUACGCCGUGCAGCUCAGCGAGUGGAGCAACAAGUGGAAGCCGAAUGUUGACUCCAGUCCUCUGUAUGGGUCCCUGCUGAAGGCCUGGCAAUGCUUCCUGUCUUCAGCUGACCGUCUUGCAACACUGCAUGCAUCCAUCUGCCGCUCCCUGGUGACUGAAGAUGUUGAGAAACUAAGGACAUGGCAGAAGGACUCCUUCACCAAGAAGAUCUUUGGGGGCUUCAAAGAAGCCCAGGAUGCCGAGAACGGGUACGCCAGGGCACAGAAGCCCUGGACCAAACGCCUCAAAAAGCUGGACAAAGCCAGGCGGGCGUACCACAAGGCAAGCCGCAAGGAGCACAGCGCCCGGGAGCGCGAGUCAUACGCUCAAGCCAAUCAGAACGUGGCUGCAGAGAAACAGAAGAAGAUUAAGGAGGAGCGAGAGAUGGUCCAGCAGGAGGCACACAAGGUGCGAGCCCGUUACGAGAAGGUGCUGGAGGAGACCAAUCGUUACGCCCCUCGCUACAUGGAGGAGAUGGAAGCCAUCUUUGACCAGUCGCAGGACGAGGAGCGCAAGCGCAUCGUCUUCCUCAAGCAGGCCUUCCUCUCCUUCGACAAGCAUCUCGACAUCACCACCAAUGAAAGCAUGAAGGAAGUUUACAGCCAGCUUCAUGCCACUGUGGCAACCAUCGAUGAGCACGAGGACCUCCGCUGGUGGAAAAACACCCACGGGCCCGGCAUGCCCACUGACUGGCCGCACUUCCAGGAAUGGGCGCCUGAGAAAAAAAAUAAAAAAGGGAAGGAGGUGAUUGAAGACAAAGCAACUUUAGAGAAGAGCGUGAAGAUUGUUGGCAUGAGGGUGCGAGCGUUGUAUGACUACGUCGGCCAGGAGACGGAUGAACUAUCCUUCAAAGCAGGUGAAGAGUUCACUAAGACGGAGGAAGAGGAUGAUCAGGGCUGGUGUCGGGGGGUCAAGGACGAUGGCCUGGAAGGGCUUUACCCUGCUAAUUACGUGGAACAGGUUUAGUGAAAAAAAGAGAAGACUUAGUCAACUAAAUCCUUAAUCUCCUGUGGAUGUUUGCUUUGUCAGUAAAAAAAGAAACACAAAAAAAACCCAAUGCUGUUCAAAAAAAAUGUAGCUGUUAGCCAAAGAUCUGUGAACAAUUUAACAUGCAGAGAUUUUAAUUAAGAUAUUUUUUUGCUGUAAAAACAGACAUGUGGGGUCUUUUCCGAACUUCACCAUAUUACCACAAACAUUUUUUUUUUGUCUUUUCCUACUAACUUCCAUUCUUAAGUUCGUUUAUGAAGUUCUGUGCCGGAGUUUCUUCACGAUGUUCAGUUUCUGGUAUGAAGUUCCAUAAGAAAUUUCUGUUAUGAAGGCAGGUUACAGUGGUAUGCUCCAAAAGUAUUUUCUGAAAGUACAUUUCUGAAUGUACUUAUAUAAUAUAUAUCUGAAUGGACAUGUAAAAAAAAGUAGAACGUAAAUACAAAUACAAUGUUACGCAUGUAUGUUCCAAAUGGACAUCACAAAAUUUUGUUUGGAAGGUCCAUCAUGAGGCAUCAUGGUGGAGUACCUUCACAGUUCUGAGGACUGGGGUUCAAAUCCGAGCCCCGCCUGUGUGGAGUUCGCACGCUCUCCCUGUGCUACGUGGGUUUUCUCCGGGCACUCUGGUUUCCUCCCACAUCCCAAAAACAGGCAACAUGAAUUGGACACUCAAAAUUCCCCCUAUGUGUGAUUGUAAGUGCGACUGUUGUCUGUCUCCAUGUGCCCUGCGAUUGGCUGGCAAUCAGUUCAGGGUGUACCCUGCCUCCAGCCCGUUGACAGCUGGGAUAGGCUCCACUCGCUGCGACCCUCGUGAGCAUAAGCGGCUAAGAAAAUGGAUGGAUGGAUGUUGUGGCUCUAUACAUUACGGAUACGUUACAAGGGUGUGCUUCAAUUGUUUAUUACAAAGUCACAUUACGAAGGUACAGUUAUGUUUCAAGUGUACAUUUCAAAUGUACGUUAAUGCAUUUACAUUGGAAUGGUACCUUCAUACAUUAAUGAAUGAGCGUGAGGAAAGUACGUUAAGAAGGUACUUUACAGAGGUACAUUACCAUUCUACAUUACAAAUGUUGCUUGACUGUAGUGGUAAUGUUAAUUGUAGCUCAACUUUGGUGUGACAACAUAAGUUAUCUGGUGUUUAUACAUUGUACAUUACUACAUUAUUCCAAACGCAUCAGCGAUGCUAACGAGACAUGCUGGACGCCAUGCCGUCUGUACUUAAUUGUUCUUUGAAACUGUGGUGCUGUAAGUCUUAUUUUAUUACACUUCCUUGUUCAUGGGAAACUAAGUCUUCAUAGCAAUAUGGUCUGAAGUUAAAAACCAGCGACCAAUUGCGCAAAACACGGAAAAACCACUUUUGGCAAACAUGUGUCUUUAUAAAUAUAUUUGAUCUUUAUUAUUAUGAAUUUAUAUGGUUAAGAAAGUAACAUUCCGCUUUGGUCUUGUCCUCUUUAUGUGUGUGUAUCUCUUUGUUGCCCAAAUUUUUGUUUUUUAGCAAAUAAACUUUGGAAAUUUGAAUGUGUUGCAAAUGUGUUUGUGCACGGGCUUGAGUGAGUGAUAGUGUCGUCGCAAUUGGGAGUUUUCACUUGUGUCACUCGUCAGGUGUGCGCAUGCAAAUGCACUCAAGAGACACCCUGUGGGGCGUCGGCAGGUCAAGCGUUGCUCUAUGUCCGGACAUGACGAGUUGAGUCAGAGCACAUCUGACGUCCGCAUAUGCCCGCCAUCUUAGCACCAGUGAUGACAAAUUGGCCUGGUGAAUACCUCCAGUCCACACAUACUUUACCCGCAUAUUUCCAAUUUGCUACUAGUAGAUUUACUGAGUACCA